CAGGAAGCUCACCACGAGAGCCUCUCUCCGGUCGUUCGUUUCCGCUCACUCUGAGGCAGCGGCCUCUAUGUCGCCUAGGACGACUCGCUCCAUGCACGAGGGCAGCCAGUCGAUGUCCCGCAGCGGCGGCAGCAGCCGCGCAGGCGAGGUGCUCGGCGCCGCGAGGUCGUCCGGCAGCCAGCCGUCGGUGUCCUAUCGGUGGAAGUGCGGCGACCGCAUCGGCUCCGGCGCCUACGGCACGGUGUACAAGGCGCUGAACCUCGACCACGGGGUCUUGUUCGCUGUCAAGAAGACCACGCUCCCCGCCGGGGAAGACGAGCAGACGAAGUGGCGGAACGAGCUGGACAUCUGCGAGGAUCUGAGGCACCCCCACAUUGUGAGCUACCUCGGGCACGAGUUCUCCGACGACUGUUUGUACAUCCACAUGGAGUAUUUGUCCGGUGGGUCAAUGGCGUCUGUCCUGAAAGAGUUCGGUGCCUUGACGUGUCCCCUGCUGAAGAAGGCUACCCGUGGCAUGGCCGAA